AUGUUGGAAUGCAUGAAAAAUACAGAAUAUUCUGAAGAAGAGGAAGUAGGUAAAACAGAUAAAAGUAGAAGUGAAAAGGAUAAGGAGGAAAAUGAAGAAAAUAAUGAAAGAGAAAAUAAAGAAAAUAAGUAUGAUGAUGGGUAUGAUGAAAUGAAUAAAGAGAAUGAAGAUGAGAAGAAUAAAGAAAAUAACAGAAGGGAAAAUGAAGGUGAGCAUGAUGAGUAUGAUGAAGUGAAUGAAGAGAAAGAAGAGGAGAAUGAAGAGAUGAAUGAAAAUGGUGAGAAAAAUAAAGAAAAUGACGAAAGAGAGAAUGAAGAAGAUGAGUGUGAUGAUAAGUAUGAUGAAGUGAAUGAAGAGGAGGAGGAUGAAAAUGAUUAG